AUGAUCAAAAUCGAGCGAGGGCUUGAUGAUUCGCUAUCUAACCUCGAUCAAUUUGUUAGCGGCUUCGACAAAAACCGAGAUCAACCAAAAAUCAGUUCGCGUCUGGAUCGGUUGGAAACUUUAUUUAGCGAAUUUCGGACGAAUCGAGCUAAAAUAGAAUCGCGUCAAGAGCAGGACUUGAAUUUAAAGAGCGAUACAUCCGACCCAAAAGGGAAACAGGUGAAACUGGACGUCGAUGCUGCGAAUAAAUCCAACCGUUUGAGUUUUGAGAAUAGAUAUUUCGACUUAAAAGACUUUCUGCUUUCUCACCCAGCCAAACCGACUGCUGUAGCUGCUCCCUCUCCCGUAUCCGUGCCCUGCCAACCGUUAGCAUCUCGAAUCCACCUCCCAGUUUUCAAAAUCCCUUCUUUUGAUGGCAGUGUGAAGGAUUGGCUUAGUUUUCGUGAUGCUUUCCAGAGCAUGAUCGAUAAGGAACCGUCGCUAACCGCUUUCGACAAGUUUAAUUAUCUGUUAACCGUGCUAACUAAAGAUGCCAGGACGUUAGUAGAAUCGAUAGAGGUAACCGCCGCGAAUUACGAAGUGGCUUGGUCGAUGCUGCAGGAGCGGUUUGACAACAAAAAGAUAAUCGCCCGCACAUUGAUUGACGGUUUUCUGGAAGCGGAACCGAAGAGAAAAGAGUCUUUCGACGCCUUAGUUCACCUCAUCGACUCUUUUGAACGCAAUUUACUUCAGUUAAAAAAGUUUGGUUUGCAACCUGAAGAAUGGUCUCAUCUUCUCGCUCAUUUGUUAUACAGACGACUUGACUCAGACACUCAGCGACAUUGGGAACGCACACACAAGAGCCGUGAGGUGCCGAGGUAUGAAGAGUUGUUAAAAUUUUUACGUGAACAUCUCGCUACCCUUCAACCACUUUCCGAAUCGAAACAGCGCAAUCGCGAUCAUCGUCAUGAAACGGUGAAACCUCCGUCGAGACCGAGAAUUGAAUCAACUCUUACAACAACUGCAGUAACAAAUAAGCCGUGCCCUUUCUGCCAAAAACCGUCCCAUUCUCCCUUUAAAUGCGAUUCCUUUCAAAAAUUGAAUCCCAACCAAAGGCUUGAAACAGUUAAGCGAAUGAGUCUUUGCAUAAAUUGCCUCUCCUCUUCCCACAUGGUACGGGCGUGUUCUAGCUCAGCAUGUCGCGUGUGUGGUAACAAGCAUCACACCAUGCUACACAUUCGACCGUCGAAUAAUUCUCAAGCUCAAAGGCAUGAGUCAAACCAGACGCAGACAACCGUUACACCCCCGAAUCGUGCCAAUGACGCUACAAACUAUAUCGAGUCUCCACCACAAUCGCAAACUUUCGCUACGUCGCAAAUGUUGUUGAAGCCUAUGCAACCCGAAUUAUCCCCAAGUCGCAGCGCUGUAUUUCUUUCGACGGCAGUUGUUAAAUUGGCAGACUACAAGGGAAACACUCUUUUGGCUCGAAUUCUCUUAGAUUGCUGUUCAGAACGCAAUUUGAUAAGUGAACAACUCGCUCAAAAAUUGAUGCUUCGUAGACAGGACGAUCCACUUUCGUUUCAAGGUGUUAGUUCAACUCCUGCCAAAUCCAAACAGUCUGCAAUGGUUAAGGUGUUAUCUCGCUGCUCUGAUUAUUGUACUGAUUUACGAUUCCACAUCCUUCCUGAAUUUAAACCAAUCAUCCCAUCGAACCAUGUUCCAGUCUCGACCUGGAAAAUACCAUCAUCUCUGUGCUUAGCCGAUCCGCACUUUUAUGAGCCACAUCAAAUUGAUGCAAUCAUUGGAGCUGAGGUGUAUUACCAUUUAUUGUUAGGCGGUUUUGUGACACUAGGAGUGAGUAUGCCGAUUCUGAAAGAGACCGUUUUUGGCUGGAUUGUGUCGGGAAAAUGUGAUACCACUCCGGAUCAGCAAACCGCGUUGACAAUGGUUUGCAGCAACGCCGAACUCGAACACCAACUUACUCGCUUUUGGGAGCUCGAUACUUGCCAUUCUGAAAAUGCUCUUUCGAUAGAGGAACGUUUAUGUGAAGCGCAUUUCUCUAACACAACCUUUCGUGAUUCCUCUGGACGUUUUGUUGUUUCACUCCCGAAAAAGGAAACAAUUCUCGCUCAGCUCGGUGACUCGUUUGCAAUAGCACUCCGCCGAUACUUGUCUUUGGAACGUCGUUUGCAAGCAAAACCAUUGCUGAAAGAGGCAUAUGCAUCAUUUAUCAGGGAGUAUGAACUGCUUGGACAUAUGUCGCCUGUAGAUCCAACCAAGGAUAGUCUUCUCCAAACCAAUCCAUACUACAUGCCCCACCACUGUAUUGAAAGGCCAGACAGUGCAACCACGAAACUUCGAGUGGUUUUCGACGCAUCUUGCGCUACUGACACAGGAUUAUCACUAAAUGAUGCUCUAAUGGUUGGUCACAACGAACAAGACGAUCUAUACAGCAUCAUUCUUCGCUUUCGUCGUCAUCGGUAUGCCGUCGUAGCCGAUUUAGAAAAAAUGUACCGGCAGGUGUUAGUACAUCCUUCAGACCGCCACCUGCAACGUAUCCUCUGGCGUGAUUCUCCGACCGACCCCAUUCAGUGUUACGAACUUUUAACCGUUACAUACGGCACCGCGUCAGCGCCAUUUCUGGCAACGCGUUGUCUGCAACAGUUAGCAACAGAAGGGAAAUCGACCCACUCAAGGGCUGCUAAAGCUUUGUUGAAGAAUUUCUAUAUAAACGUUUUAUUUGGUGGUACCGAUACAGAGGAAGAAGGAACGGAGCUUUGCAGUCAACUUAUUUCACUUCUGCAAUCGGCAGGAUUCAACUUGCACAAAUGGGCUUCCAAUAACCCAAACAUAAUUAAAAAUAUUCCUGCUGAGCUCCGAGAAAACCGCGACGCAUUAGAAAUUGAUUCUUCGUCAUCUCCAGUAAAAACCCUUGGUCUUUUGUGGCAACCGUUUGAAGAUGUCUUUCGUUUUAAGGUACCGGAGUGGCCGGAAAGGAGCGCAAUCACAAAGCGCUCAGUACUGUCGGAUGCUGCCAGAUUGUUCGACCCGUUAGGGUUGUUGGGCCCAACUGUAUUGAUAUCGAAACUUUUUAUGCAACGAUUAUGGGCUUUGAAACUUGCGUGGGAUGUUCCACUGGAUGAACCCUUACAAAGGUCCUGGAAAGAGUUCUGCGAGGACCUAGAGAUUCUACGUACUUUUUCCGUACCACGAUGGGCAGCUCCUUGUAUGAGUGAAACAAACUUAGAACUACAUGGGUUCUGUGACGCAUCGGAACGCGCAUACGGUGCGUGUCUCUUCUCACGUACAGUAACUGCCACCGGAACGAUUACCGUACACCUCCUGACCGCUAAAUCAAAAGUAGCUCCUUGA